AUGAGAUUAGCAACAAAUAAAUAUGAAGGAUUCGAUGAAUUUCAAAUAAAUGGUAGACCAAUUACUUUAUUAAAUCUUGCAGAAUUACAAUCAGCAGUUAGAACAAGAGCUCAUAGAAUUCCAUCAAACUCAUCAAAAGCUCAAGUUUUAAAUCAACUUCGUGAAAUUUUAAAAAAUGAAAAACUAUCACACGAAUCGAGUAAUAAUAUAAAUUUAGCAAAUAAUAAUAAUUUAAAUAAUUUUGUACAUAAUAAUAUAAAUAAUAUAAAUAAUGGUAUUCAUUAUAAUAAUAGUUUAAAUAGUAAUAAUCAUAUUAAUAAUAAUAAUAAUAAUAAUAAUAAUAAUAAUAAUAAUAAUAAUAAUAAUAAUAAUAAUAAUAAUAAUAAUAAUAAUAAUAAUAAUAACCAUAAUAGUAAUGGUAAUAAUAAUAGUAAUAAUAAUAGUAAUAAUGAUAUGAAUGACGAUAUGAAUCAUUAUAAUAAUGGGAAAAAAAGAACUUAUUAUAAUGAAGAAAAUGUUAAUUAUAAUAAUGGAAAUAGUUUUCCAAAUUUAAUAAAUCCGUCACCCGUCAAGAAAAUUAAUAAUUCCCCAAUUCAUCAUUUAACUUCAUCACCACCAUUAAUUUCAUCGAACAACAAUAGUAAUAGUAAUAUUAAUAAUAAUAGUAAUAAUAAUAAUGGCAAUAAUAGUAAUAAUAAUAAUAUUAAUAAUGGAAAUAAUAUAAUAGAAAAUGGUAUUAAUGGUAAUAAUAAUAAUAAUAAUAAUAAUAAUAAUAAUAAUAAUAAUAAUAAUAGUAAUACUAAUAAUAAUAGUAUUAAUAAUAAUAUUAGUAAUAAUGGUAAUAAUAAUGGUAAUAAUAAUAAUAAUAAUAAUAAUAAUAAUAAUAAUAAUAAUAAUAAUAAUAAUAAUAAUAAUAAUAAUAAUAAUAAUAAUAAUGGUAAUAAUAAUAGUUAUAAUAAAGCGAUUGAAUUAGAACAAAGAAUUUUAAAUAAUUUUAAUUUUUCAACAACAGUUCAUAGAUUAAAUGUACCUGAACAAGUAGGUACACAAAUAGUUAAACAAUUUAUUAGAUUUAUGGUACUCAAAGUGAUUGAUAAUGACGGACUAGAUCAAAAACUAUCACCAUCGAAACUUGUGAAUACCUUUUGGCAAUAUUUGAUACUCGAUACAAUCAAAUAUGAAGAGUUUUCAAACAUCAUUAAAUUUAAAUUGCAUCAUAAUCCAAACUCAAUAUACGACGCCCAAGAUUUAAAAAGAAAACGAUUUGAAAGAACUUUAGAACUCUAUGAAUUUUAUUUCCCAAAUUCUAUUGAUUUUGAGAUUUGGUCAAUUCCAAAUGAUUAUCAAACUACUACUACUUUUCAAAAUAAUCAAAAUAAUCAAAAUAAUAAUAGAAAUUAUAAUAAUAAUAAUAAUAAAUCAAAUUUUAAUGGUAAUGGUAAUGGUAAUAGUAAUGGGCAUUACAAUAAUGGUAAUCAAUCAAAAUUAACAUCAUCAACGUCAUCAAAUUCUUUAUCAUCAAAUUAUAGUGUAGACAAUAGUGAAAAGGACCAAAUGGAGAGAGAUAGAUAUAAUAAUGGUAAUGGUAAUGGUAAUGUUAGUGGUAAUGUAAGUGGUAGUAGUAGUACAAAGAAUAGUCCAGAUUCAUUUUAUUAUAAUAAUCAACAUCAACAACAACAUCAACAACAAAAACAAUCACCACAUAUUAUAAAACCAACACUUCCACAACUAUCACCUUCAAAUUCUCAACAAAAAUUAAAUUUAGCUUCACCUUCCUCUUCAAAUCAACCACAACAACAACAACCUCAAAAAUCCUUUUCUUCAAAUAAUUUAUUUAACACUCAAAGUAUUAUUAAUAAUAAUAAUAAUAAUAAUAAUAAUAAUAAUAACAAUAGUAGUAGUAAUCUUUUACCAAAGAUUAAUACACCUUUAUAUUCAAAUGGAAAUAAUAAUAAUGGUAAUGGAAAUCAUUUUAAUCAACUUUUAAAUAGAAUUGAAGAUGAAGAAUAUGUAAAAAAUAUAGAUGACGAAGAAGAAUAUGAAGAUGAUUAUGUAAAAAAUAACAACAACAACAACAAUGGUCCAUAUCUUAUUAAUGGUAAAAGAAAGGAUUUUAUAAAUGGUAAUAGUAGUGGUAAUGGAAUUGAAAAACUUUUAAUGAAUGGAGUUGAUGAAAAUAAUAGAAAUAGUAGUAAUAGUAAUAGUAAUAGUAAUAAUCAUAUGAAUGAUGAUAAUGAAGAUGGUGAAAACGAUGGUGAAUAUGAUAAUAAUAAUAAUAAUAACAAUGUGAAUGUGAACGAAAUAAUAACAGUAAGAUGUAUUGAAAGUAGUUUACAAAAAUUUUUUAAAAUUAAAAGAUCAGCACCUUUAGGUAUAUUAAUGAAAUUGUAUCAAGAGGAAUCUGAACAACAGGACGGUGAGGAACCUGGCUCCUACGAUGGUAGUUUGCGUUUUCUUUAUAAUAACUCUAGAAUCUAUGAAAAUUCUAACCCAAUCGAUUUAAAAAUGAAAGAAGGAGACACAAUUAUUGUGAUGGUUUCAAAUAUUAUUAAUGAUAGUAAUAAACAAACAGAUUAA